AUGUGGGAUUCGUGGGAUGAGGCAGCGCUAGAGGCGGCCGUAGAAGUCGUGGAAGCGGACCCGCAACUCGUAGAGUACGAGGCGUGGGAGGAGGCGGCGCUAGCGGCAGCCGUGGAUGCCCACGUCGCGGACGAGCGGCGGGGCCAGGAGGCAGAGCGGCGGGGCCAGGAGGCGGAGCGGCGGUUGCGGGUGACCGAGGAGGCGCGACGGCGGCGGGUGGCGCGGCGGGAGGACCUGGAGCGGCAGCGGGAGGAGUCGGAGCGGCGCCAGCGGGAGGAGACGGAGUUCUUGGAGGCGUGGCGGUGGGAGGCGGCGAGCGAGCGCCGGUGGGAGCGGCGACGGGAGCAGGGGUGGGAGGACCUUUUGCUGCGGCGGUCGCAGCGGGAGGAGACGCAGAUUCAGGAGGAAGUGUGCGAGCGGCGGCGUUUGGCGGAGUUGCAGCUCCGCCUACAGAGGCUGGAGGUGGAUCACCGUCGGUGGCGGGAGGACCUGGAGCGGCAGCUGCGUCAGGAGGCGGUGGCUGCGGAUAGAGCCGCCUACUUGACAUUCGUGGCGGAGAGAGCAGGGGAUUAUCGUCGGAGGAGCGGCAGAGAGAGUAGAGGAGAGACCACCGGAGAGAGCAGCUCCAUCUCCAUAGAGCCAAGUGGCCAUUAG